AUGGGCCAGAUUGGGAAGGGCGGUACGAGGGUGAGACUUGGCGUUGGUGUUUUGGAACAUCAAAGAUGGACAGGGUUUUCGCGGAGGUCGCUCCUCGGAUAUCUCCACAACUACAGGUCGGGGGUCUUCCAAAAUCGAGAAGAUUGGUGCAUAUGGCUAGGUCACUUCACCUUACAAUUUGUAUGGCACUCUGGCCCGGGGUUGUGGUGUGGUAGGGGAGAACGGGGGAUAAUCCCACACAGGAGCUUCGAACAACGUCCGGUUCACGUUUGGCUGGAUAACUCCACCACCACACGGGGUAUGCGGUCGGCGAUGGGGUCAAAAUGCUCGUAUGAUCGAGGGCUUUUCGAUGGAUCUAUCGGCGGGUUCUUAUUCGAAAAUUCGAGCGAGUUCGUGGUGGAGCGGUUGAUGAAAAUCUAG